AUGGCAAAAGGAAGAAAAGAAAUAAGAAAAACAAGGGAAAGACAAGUAAUACAGUCGAUGACAUGAUUCCUAGUCCAGGAGGAUCAGCACAGACUCAUUCCGAUGUACAGACCGGGCAAGAUGGGAAACAUGAAAUCGCUCCUGAGCAGAAUCAUCAGGAUCCAGACAUGUCUACAACCCAAAGUGUUUCAGUCUCGGAAUCAGAAGGAGAUUUGGAGAGGCUUAAGAUUAAGGAAUCAAAAGUUGUAAGUAUGCCCUAUAUUUCGAGCUUGCUGAUUCCGCUGUACGGAGACUAAUCGACUGGUUGACUUAGAAUAAAACGAAAUUCCUCUCUUAAGGUUGCUUUCUUAAGAUGUCUGUUCUACUCAUAUGAGUUCUUCACCAAAAAGGGUUUUCUACUUUUAUUUAUGCAGAUGUGCAUUAACUCAGAUAGUGUAUGCUUUCUACACCACAAAAAUGUGCUCUUAUUAUAUGCAUUUCUGAAGUGUGUUUGACGUUCCGUAGUUAGGAUGUAUUUCCGUCACGUUUCAUUUGGUUAUGUGGCUAUAUUCUUCGUCUAUCAAAUAUAUUCUGCGAGUCAAUCAAAACCCCUCUGAACCUAGAUGUUCUACACAUAUUCUACUCAAAAUACGACCCCGGCUAUAAUCCAUAUUUCGGCAGAUGCUGAUGUACAAAAACUGACUACGGAUGCGUGCUUGGAAAAUUCAUCAUUUACCUUUAAUUCCUAUUCACUCUUUGUUGCCAGGCUCAAGUCUAUUGAUCCUUAAAAAGUAGUAAAGUACAUUUACGGAUGUUUGGUGAAAGAUAUUUAUUUUUCACGACGAAAUAGCACUUUAGUCGUGUAAUGAGGACUCUUAAACUGUGUUGAGUGAUGGAACCUCACCUAUUUCGGUUUUUUGCUUAUCUCUCUCUCUCUCUCUCUCUCCGUUCAUUCUGCUGAAAGUGAUUGUUCAUAUAAAAAUAUAGUUCUGUAAAUGUUCACAUCAGGAUAACUAAAUACUUAUUAAGUGAAAGUUAGAAAUAUGUGUAUGACAAAUUUUCUUUUUUACAGGCUGUCUUAGAGGAGAUAAUCAAAGAUUUACAGACCACUAUAAUCUCCUGCAUGGAGAAGGAGGUGCAAUUUUUAUUUUCAUGAUUAUUUGUGUUACCCGGGAAUUAUGAAAUAUUUGGAGCUUGAAUGAAAUAUCUUCAAACUAGGCCUCUUUUGUUAGUUAAAUAAGUUGUCUCUAGAUUUCAUUUAACUAACUUAACGAGCUGCAGGCCAGCUUGGAGAAGAAGAUUGAGAUCUUGCGGAGUGACAACGAGUUAUUUGAGAAGAAAGAGGUGAUUUUCUAUCAGAAGAUUUCACUGUCUGCUUGGUGAACAAUGACCGUUACUCACUUUCUACGGAAAAUAUUGCCAUUAGUCUCAUUUGUUUGCUUUUGGCAUCAAAUCAAUCAUUUGACGAUUGGUUGUAAAGUAUCAGUUUCCAUUGGAUCUUAGCUUUGCCAAUAGCUGUUUUCGAACUUUUAUCGGACUAUGUGGUUGAACUGAUAUGUGUUAACUCAAUUGCCCUACAGAUCAGCUGGAACUUGAAAUUUGAGCAAUUGCAGAGUGAAAUGCAUUCUUGGUCUGCAAAAGAGGUAAUAUUUAUUUCCAGAGUACUUUUUUUAUUAUGCAUGAAAUAAAAUAUUUAAUGCUGUUAAGUUCUAAUUGUUGAUAACAAUGGAAACCUUUGAAUCUUUGGCUGAGCUAAAUGUGGGCAUGCAGAAUAGUUGGUCUAAUUCAAUUCAUAUGCAGGUCAGCUUGGAUAGCAGGCUUAAGAGCAUGGAAAAUGAUAAACAAUCUAGGGUGUUGGAGGUAAAUUAUUAUUUUUCUUUCUCUUAUAAGAAUCGUUUUGCUGGGUAGAAACACGCUGCAUGGCUAUGUUACUACUAGAAAUUUUGUGGUUUUCUCAUUUCCCGUGAUCACAGUACCUGUGAUCUAUGUGGACUGCCAAGUGAUUCAGUUGGGAAUUUAGAGGGUUGCAUGCCAGGAGGUUUGGGUUUCAGUUUCACUCUCCAAGACACCAUAUGCACACAUCAUCAAAGGUUACCGAAACUUACGAAUUCCUCAAAUCUCAUGGCUUCAUCCUGCUCUGACGUUAACAAAAGAGUUUGGGAGCUCAUUCUUGCACUUCUCCCUGAAUGUUGGUGGCCUAGGUGUCUCUUUUUGGGGGGGUGCUGGGCGAGAUUCUCUUGUUACUCGUAAAUGUGCCCUCACGGGUUCCCAGAUUAACGAAUCCCAUCGCCUCUGACCUCUCAAUCUCAAGCCUUGAGUUAAAAAGGUUUACUGAUUAAACGACCGAUUUAUCUUGUUGUUUUAGUGGCACUACGUGGAGUAUCAACGUCUGCUAAUCAAUCAGCUCGAUUACCGUUCAUAUGCCUCUGAUGGCAUUUACUUUUUUUGUGUCAACAUUACUAUAUUGGGAUCGGUGAUGAAGGUUUAAUCUCCAUUAGGGCCUGGCAGUACUCUCCCUUGCUUCCUAAGUGCCUUGUAGAAUUUCUUUGUUUUUUUUGUCUUAGCUACCUCCCAAUUACUACCCUUUCAUGUCUUUUGCAGAAGUCAAUCAAUGAAAUGCUCACCAGACUGGAGGAAAUCGACACAGGGCUACAGAUGCAGGUAACUUCUGUACCAGCCAUUAGCAUAUAUAUAUAUACAGAACCUUGCCAAUGUAGCAUUUGAUGCAAACUAUAUACUGAGGUUACCACCACUGAGUCAUUUUUGUGUCGAUUGAUUCAAAAUAAAGUGCAUUGAAGCUCUCGUGCUCCAUUCAGAGUGAGAUGAUUAAAAAACAGUGAUGUAGAGUAAGGUGCUGACUUCAUUUAUUGGGGAAAAGUUUUUAAUUUGCCAAGUUGAUGAGGUUUAAAUGGAUAAAUGGAAGACAUGAAUGGAUGAUUGUGAUUAUUGGUCGAGUGACUUUAUCUUGGAGACAUGGUAGCAAUUUGUUUAUUGCCUACUUUGAGUCUGACUCAUCUAUCAACACAUCAAUGGUGAUUAACCCUAGUCUUUGAUUAGUUAGUAAGGACGGCAUUUCAUGUCUUCUUCAACACGAGUACAAUUUCUCUAUCGGUUCAUUACUAUACUAGGUUUAGAAUGUCCAUAUCGAGUGCCAGAUACUAUCCAAAUCAUUGGAAUCUUAUCUUAAAUGCUGUUUUAGUUGGCUGAAGGGACAUUAAUGAUAUUUAUUAGGUGAGUAUCCAAAUCACUUAUUCUAACUGGUACCCUUCUCCACUUUUUUUUUUCUGAAAGGAUAGAAAAUAUUCACUAGAAUAUGCCUCUGCCUUGUUUAUACUGGGAGUGAGGUGCAUUAAGCAAAGAAUCAAGAACGUCAAAAAAUAAAAAAAAUAGUUGGAAUUAUCCAGAUGAACAAUUGAACAUCUUUCAUUACAUCGACCAUUCGAAAGAGGGACCUUGAUUCCUCCUCGAAAAGGAAAGAAAGUGGAAAAAUAAAAGAGCACACUGGGCUUGGAAGAUAGGCAUGCCAGCUUCGUAGGAUUCAGCAGGAAAGAAGAGGUAGAAUGGGGGGAAAGCAUACAUACUGUUGAGAAAGGCAAAUCAUCUUUGUUCAGUGCGUCAUUCUUGACUAUUCUGGUAGGAGAUUGAGUCCCUACUAAUUACGGUAAUUGGAUUAAAAAUAGCUUUAAUUAUAAAAUUAGCAUCAAUAAAGACGGGAUUAGUUUUUAAUCUCUCAAGGAGAAUCAUAUGUUAGAUAAAUUUCAGUAGGAGACGGCUGCGUUUUCCAAUUAAAUCACUUAGAAAAAGGUAGGACACAUGAGGAAUGCGUCAUGAUGCUCUUGAAAAAUGAAUGGGUAUCAAUGCUUUCCGAAUCAGGAAUCUGGUCGAUCCCAGUCUUUCCUUUUUUUUUUCUAUUCACAGGCACUCUAUUGCCUUUUAUAGAAGUUAAUAAGAACACUGCGAGACUAUCACUAUGCAGAAUCGUCAUCUCCUCAAUUUUCUCCUUGGUUCAGCCGCUGAAAUAGUUUAUGAAAUAAAAUCUUUUUUUUAAAAAAUAAUAUAUUUUAAAAAUAAUUUUCCUUUGGUGUUUGUACGGUUUCGGUGGUGGAUGACUAAUGUUCUUGGUGGCGUAUAAUUAUAUCGCCGCCGCUUCUUUGGUCUUGGUGCUUCAUUGAAAUGAGUUUGAUUUAUCUGGAAUCAUAUGAGAGAGACCACUCAUCAUAAGGCUCGAAGGACCGAACUGAUGACAUAUUUUACAUAUUCUUCUUUAAAUUGAUGCAUUGCAUAUGUUUCUGAUACGAUCAUUAAACCACAAAGUUUGGCAGGUGAGAGAGUCCGAGAUAUCAAAAGUCAACCUUGUUGAAGACAACCGAGAGUUGACAAAUAGAAUCUCUCUUCUCGAAGCACGCGUGCAGCAUCUGGAGAGUGAGGCUGCUGCUGCUGCGUCUAGAACACCAGCCAUGACGGCGCCCGAGGUCAUUAUCCCGAACCGAUCCAUCUUAUCAACAACUCUGGAGGCACUGAAGACCUCUGAUAUACUAUUAUGAAUUCCGUUUCUUAGAACAUUCUUGAGCAUAUAUUGUCAUUUAUUUCUUUUUUAAGGUACUUAAUAGAAGAUAAUAUCGUUUUUAUAACGGAAGAAAUUUAUUAUUUGGUUUCUAUUAAUGAAUUUUUUUUAUUGUUUAAUCCUAAUUACUUGCUCAUCCAGUUUUUAUAAAUAUUUAUAAAUAUCGCCUAUGUAAAAAAUACUGUUCUUGUUUCCUUUUCCAACCCUCUGGGUCCUUCAUCUCAGGUGAGCCAGCAGAGCGCCGCCCUGGCAGAGGACCUUGCCUCGUCAGAUGGGACCCCCCUGUCUGCCACCUCAUCAUCCUCGUUCCCAGGAGAGGAAGAAUCUGAGUUGACCGGCGAAUUCCCAUCUUCUGGGCCCAACUUUGAGACAACCAUCAUCAACCCCCCAGACGGGUUGCGACAGUCGGAUGAUGGAUCGAAGCAGAGCCCUGAGAUCGUUCAGAUCCCUCUGGACGACGAUCGGGAGCAGGUCCAGCUGGCGCCGGCGGCGCGAGAGGUGGAAGCUGCUGAGAUGGCGGCGGUUCCUCUCUCUGAUGCGCCACUCAUUGGAGCUCCAUUCAGAUUGAUCUCCUUCUUUGCAAAUUAUGUCAGCGGGGCCGAUUUGGUGAAGGAAAGCAGCCAGAGUUCCUCGGCCAGGUAAGUCGACGAACUUAUUUCACAAGGUUAAUUAAAAUGGUAGAGAAUGCAUAGGAAGAUGAUGCCAUUUUUCUUCUUCCUUUUUUUUUUUUUUUUUUUGAUGUCGGCAAAUAUUUAACCAGAGAAAUAUCAUCAUUGAACAAAAAUGUGGGUCUCACACAGAUGCCAUUUAAAAUAUAUAUAUAUAUAUAUAUAUAUAUAUAUUUGUGUGGGGAAAAUAUAGAAUGAUCAUCAUUAUUUGAUGGCUCUCUCCGUCUUUUUGCAUUCAAAUUAUUAACUGCUGUUGUUGGAUGAUUCUAACGUGUACACUUUAGCUGUUAUAUUUUUCUCAUCACGUGGCUGUUUUUACAAUCAUCCUCCACGCUACUCUUCUCUCUCUCUCUCUCUCUCUCUCUCUCUCUCUCUAUUACGUAUUUAUUCAUCUCCAUGGUAGGAGGAGAUCAGAGAAGUGAGACUUCUGAGAUGGUUCCUCGUGGUUUUUCCUCUCUCUCUCUCUAUCUGUUUCUCUCUCUGCUCUGCUCUCUCUCUCUCCCUCUUUAUGGGCUAAAGGUGGGAUUUGGGAUGCCCGAGGAACUCUCAUCUUGGCCAUCUAAUUUACGAUAUUACCCUUUUUCUCUGUGA